CGGACGGGGCGGACGUCGGGGCGGCUCCCGGCGGGCAGAGCGGGGAGCCAUGGCCGACGUGUUCCCGGGCUCCGAGCCCGGCGCGGCCCCGGACGCGGCGCGGCGCUUUGCUCGCAAAGGGGCCCUGAGACAGAAGAACGUGCACGAGGUGAAGGAGCACAAAUUCAUCGCGCGCUUCUUCAAGCAGCCCACCUUCUGCAGCCACUGCACCGACUUCAUCUGGGGAUUUGGGAAACAAGGAUUCCAGUGCCAAGUUUGCUGUUUUGUGGUUCAUAAGAGAUGCCAUGAGUUCGUUACCUUCUCUUGUCCUGGAGCUGACAAGGGACCUGACACUGAUGACCCCAGGAGCAAGCACAAAUUUAAGAUCCACACCUAUGGGAGCCCAACCUUCUGUGACCACUGUGGGUCCCUUCUUUAUGGGCUCCUACACCAAGGGAUGAAAUGUGACACUUGUGAUAUGAAUGUGCAUAAGCAAUGUGUGAUAAACGUCCCGAGCCUCUGUGGCAUGGAUCACACUGAGAAAAGGGGAAGGAUUUAUCUGAAGGCUGAAGUCACUGGUGACAAACUGGAAGUAACAGUGCGAGAAGCAAAAAACCUAAUUCCCAUGGAUCCAAAUGGGCUUUCAGAUCCUUAUGUUAAACUGAAACUUAUCCCAGAUCCCAAGAAUGAAAGUAAACAAAAAACAAAAACCUUCCGUUCUACCCUGAAUCCACACUGGAAUGAAUCAUUCACAUUUAAAUUAAAACCUACAGACAAAGAUCGACGGCUCUCUGUAGAGGUCUGGGAUUGGGAUCGAACAACCAGGAAUGAUUUUAUGGGCUCUCUUUCGUUUGGGGUGUCAGAGCUCAUGAAAAUGCCAGCCAGUGGAUGGUACAAGCUGCUGAAUCAGGAAGAAGGUGAAUAUUAUAAUGUUCCAAUUCCAGAUGCUGAUGAAGAUGGAAAUGCGGAGCUCAGGCAGAAGUUCGAGAAAGCCAAACUUGGGCCAGCUGGUAACAAAGUCAUUACUCCGUCAGAAGACAGGAGUUCAAGUGUGCCAUCCAACAAUCUGGACAGGGUGAAGCUGACAGAUUUCAACUUUCUUAUGGUUCUUGGAAAAGGAAGCUUUGGAAAGGUGAUGUUGGCGGACAGGAAGAAUACAGAGGAGCUCUAUGCAAUCAAAAUACUGAAAAAAGACGUGGUGAUUCAGGAUGAUGAUGUUGAGUGUACAAUGGUUGAAAAACGAGUGCUAGCACUGCAGGAUAAACCACCAUUCCUAACACAGCUUCACUCUUGUUUCCAAACAGUUGAUCGCCUGUAUUUUGUUAUGGAAUAUGUGAAUGGUGGGGAUCUCAUGUACCACAUUCAGCAAGUAGGAAAAUUUAAGGAGCCACAAGCAGUGUUCUAUGCAGCUGAGAUCUCAGUUGGGUUAUUCUUUCUCCAUAAUAGAGGGAUUGUUUAUAGAGAUCUGAAAUUGGAUAAUGUGAUGUUGGAUUCAGAAGGACACAUUAAAAUUGCUGACUUUGGAAUGUGCAAAGAACAUAUGUUAGACGGAGUAACAACCAGGACCUUCUGUGGCACCCCAGACUACAUUGCACCAGAGAUCAUUGCUUACCAGCCCUAUGGGAAGUCUGUGGAUUGGUGGGCAUAUGGAGUGCUGCUCUACGAGAUGUUAGCUGGCCAGCCUCCAUUUGAUGGAGAAGAUGAAGAUGAACUUUUCCAGUCCAUAAUGGAACAUAAUGUUUCCUAUCCAAAAUCACUGUCCAAAGAAGCUGUCUCCAUCUGCAAGGGGCUAAUGACUAAACAUCCCGCAAAGCGCCUUGGCUGCGGCCUCGAAGGUGAAAGAGACAUCAGGGAACACGCUUUCUUCAGGAGAAUUGACUGGGAGAAACUGGAAAACAGAGAGAUCCAGCCACCUUUCAAGCCCAAAGUGUGUGGCAAAGGUGCUGAAAACUUCGAUAAAUUCUUCACACGAGGACAGCCGGUGUUAACCCCUCCAGACCAGCUGGUCAUUGCUAACAUAGAUCAAUCCGAUUUUGAAGGGUUCUCCUAUGUCAACCCCCAGUUUGUACAUCCCCUCCUAGAAAAUGUAGCAUGAAACAGCAGAACAGGAACAAAUCCCGCAGUGAACGGUUCUUAACCCUAAAAUUUUUAGGUUUUUGCCUUGAUUCCAUUUGGGCCUGAAAAUUAUAGGGUUAAAAAGUGUAAGAUGGGGGGAAAGGCCACUUAGUGAGGAUUUUGGCUUUGCAACCGAAACGUCUUAAUGAGAGAGAAAUUAGCGUACGGUGCCCGUUUCUCCUACUAGAAGUCUCCACUGACUCGUCUGAAGUUCCCUGUUUUUGGUACAUUCUAUAGUUUUGUAGCUCCCCACUGUCCUUUUGCUCCGUUUUUCACUCUGCCGCUGUUACAAAUAAUCCAAGACCUGACCUGAGAAGCACCUCCAGUACUCAGUCCUUGCAGGGGACCAGAGCUCCCAGCUCCUAUGGGCGCCAUGGGGCGAGCAGCGCAUGGGAAUGGAGAGCGCCGGGGAGGAGAGGCAUUGCAGAACGUGGUGGAAAGCAGUUGUUACCAAAACCUGGCAAAUAAAUACGAGUUGGGA